GAAAACCUCUUGCUAGAGAUAGAGAGAUAAACACCCCAAGAGUGAGAAAUGGCCGAAACUGCUUACGCCGACGACGACCACGCCGCCGGUGGGGGAAUGGUGGUCGGAAGAGAAGCAGCUACCCAAGCUCUCAACACAAUCAUCCAGCUUCACUUCGAGAAAACCCUCGAGAAAAAGAGAGCUGUAGACGCCCAAAAGAAGGAGAUGUGGCGUCUCUUUCAGCUCUUCUUCCUCUUCCUGGCGCUCGUCCUCGCCGCCCAGGUCCAGGCCCAGCCAACUCGCCUUCAAUGCCGCCAUUGCUGGGUCCCGAUCGGCCUCCUCUCCCUCGCCCAUCUCAUCUUCUACGUCUCCGUCGCCCAAACCCUAAGAUGCAUCAACGGAUUCAAGUACCAACGCCGAUGCCACAAGCUUACCCUCGCCCUCGCCACGGAUCGCCUCAAGCACCUCAAGUUGCGCUACUCCGCCGCCGCGGCGGCAGCUACAGCCGCCGUAGGUGCCGGCGAGGAGGCGCCACUUCUGCCGGGUGAGUUCGAGAUCCAUUACCAGGAGCCGCCGGAGAGCUAUUUCGGGAAGUUUAAGCGGAGCUGGGCUCUGCAUUUUGGGUUUCUGAUGUGCACAUUUGGCUUCAUGGUCUCCGCUUCUCUCGUUCUGCUUUGCUUCUAGAUCUGAUUUGAAGCUUCCGAAUCCUUUCUGACCUUCUUUGGUUUCAACUCCAGCUCCGACUCCGGCAGCCGGAGGCGGAAAUCUCCGGUGUGCGAAGGGUAUUGGGAUCUGCGAUUGUGCCACUGUUCCGCAGGAACUCUUUAAUUUAUGCCUUUUGGAUCGUGUGCGGGUGAUGGACGGAUGAGAUUUCAUUUUGUAUGUUGUAUCCUUGUUGUGGAAAGGAAUA